GCCAGCUGUAGGCAGCAGGGAGAGGGUAUUUCCUGGCUGGUGGUCGGCAUCGGAGGAGGUGUCAGGAUGUUGGGCUGGGUGCAGAGGGUGCUGCCUCAGCCCCCAGGGACCCCUGAGAAGAGCAAGGUUCAGGAGGAGGAGGAGGGGGCAGAACCAGAGCCAGAGCCUGACCCGGAGGCAGAGCUGGAACCAGAGCCAGAGCCGGAAACAGCCCCCCAGGAGGCCAGACUAGAAGAGGAGUCCCCGCCACCCGAGGAGCCACUCGGAGGGGAGGAAGUAGCUGUGGCUGACCCGAACCCUCAGGAGACCCAGAAGGCUGCCUCUGCCCCGCCCACAGGCCUUUGGGCCGAGGUUGCUGCGGUUCCCGAAGUGAACAGUCCUAGUGCCUGGGCACUGAGCUGGCUCAGGAGGGGUGUGGAGAAGGUCGUCCCGCAGCCCGUGGCUAGUGGCGGGCCAGCCCAGAGCUUGGCAGCUGGCCCAGAAGGCCUGGAUCAGGCAGGAUCUCAGACCCUUGGGCACUGCAGCACUGGGGGCUCAGCUGGGUCCAAGGAGGCCUCCGGGGCGAAGGAUGCUGGGCCACCGGCUGACCACUGGCCCCUCUGCAGGCCUGGGCCCUGGCUGCUCAGGUGGUUUGAGCAGAACCUGGAGAAAGUGCUGCCUCAGCCUCCAAAAACCUCCGAGGGCUGCAGAGACAAGCCUACAGACGCUGCCUUGGGCCCAGAGCCCCCGGGACACCCCUUGGAACCAGAGCCCACGCUGCAGGCCCCGGAGAGUCACCCCCUGCCCACCCCUGGCCCCCCGGAGCCCAAGGAGGAGCUGACUCCUCAACCUGAGCCCAGCUUCCAGGUUUCCUCCCUGCCGUCCCCCAGCGACCCUGCCAGGCUGGUGGCGUGGCUCCUGCAUAGGCUGGAGAUGGCCCUGCCACAGCCGGUGCUCCGUUGGAAGGCUGAGGAGCAGGAGCCUGGCUCUCCUGGGACAUGUGACGUGCAGACAAUCAGCAUCCUGCCCGGAGGGCGAGAGGAGCUGGAUCUCGUGCUGGAAGAGAUUGACCCUCACCGGGAGGAGGGUGAGCAUCAGGAGGGCAGCAGCAGCCCACAGGGCUCAGAGGUGGUGACUCCAGCUUAUGAAGAGGAGCACGUGGCCGCGGAAGAGAUGCCCAGGGAGCUUCCCCAGAUUCAAGAGGAGAAAGAAGAUGAGGAGGAGGAUGAAGAGGAUGAGGAGGAGGAGGAAGAAGAAGAGGAGGAGGAGUCUGACGUCCUGCUGGAUAGCUGUCUGGUGUCAGAGGCCGGCAAGGACCCGAGAGGAGUAGACAAGACGGUCACCCAGAGGGCCUCAUGCCAGGAGGAGGCCUCAGCUGCCAGCUCAGGAGGCCGGGACGUGGAGCUGAGUCGCCUGGUCCAGGACCAGCCACCUGGCCAGGUCACCCUCGGGCUUGCACCCCCAAACCUGGUGGAGCACCUCCCGAAUAUGCCCAGCUACCGCCCCCCAAUCACCCGCAUCCCUGUCCUCAUCUCCCGGAGGACGACCUUGUCCAACUCCAACUUCGCCAAGGUGACCAGGAGCUCCGUCCGCCGCCUAGUACCUGCCACAAAAGAACACCCCGAAGUGCAGGUGGAAGAUACGGAUGCUGACCGCCACCCCCUCAUCAAGGAGGACAAGCCGCCCUCACCAGAGCUGCCGCCACCUUCUCCUGCCAAAUCCGACACCCUCACGGUCCCGGGGUCGGCCGCAGGGACCCGCAGGAAGCGGCUGCCUUCUCAAGACGAUGAGGCUGAAGAACUCAGGGUGCUGUCACCCACCGAGGCCCCCAUGAUCGCCUGGUCAGAGACCCCCACCCCACAGGACACUGAUGGCCAGGACCGUGCGUCCUCCACAGCCAGCCAGAACAGCGCCAUCAUCAAUGACCGGCUCCAGGAGCUAGUGAAGCUCUUCAAGGAGCGGACGGAGAAGGUGAAGGAGAAGCUCAUCGACCCGGAUGUCACCUCCGACGAGGAGAGCCCCAAGCCCUCUCCUGCCAAGAAAACCCCGGACCCGGCCCCUGACACAAAGCCCGCGGGGCAGGUGGAGGAGGAGCACUAUUGUGACAUGCUCUGCUGCAAGUUCAAACGCCGGCCCUGGAAGAAGUACCAGUUCCCCAAGAGCAUCGACCCGCUGACCAACCUGAUGUACAUCCUGUGGCUGUUCUUCGUGGUGCUGGCCUGGAACUGGAACUGCUGGCUGAUCCCCGUGCGGUGGGCCUUCCCCUACCAGACCCCGGGCAACCUCCACCUCUGGCUGCUGAUGGAUUACCUGUGCGACUUCAUCUACUUCCUGGACAUCACCGUGUUCCAGAUGCGCCUGCAGUUUGUCAAAGGAGGGGACAUCAUUACAGACAAGAAGGAGAUGCGGAAUAACUACCUGAAGUCUCCCCGCUUCAAGAUGGACUUGCUCUGCCUGCUGCCCCUGGACUUCCUGUACUUGAAGUUUGGUGUGAACCCCCUCCUGCGUUUGCCCCGCUGUCUGAAGUACUUGGCCUUCUUCGAGUUUAACAGCCGCCUGGAAUCGAUCCUCAGCAAAGCCUACGUUUACAGGGUUAUCAGGACCACUGCCUACUUGCUCUACAGUUUGCACCUGAACUCAUGUCUGUAUUACUGGGCGUCGACCUACCAGGGCAUCGGCUCCACCCACUGGGUCUAUGACGGCGUGGGAAACAGUUACAUUCGUUGUUACUACUGGGCUGUGAAGACCCUCAUCACCAUUGGCGGGCUGCCCGACCCCAAGACACUGUUUGAGAUUGUCUUCCAGCUGCUCAACUACUUCACAGGCGUCUUUGCUUUCUCUGUGAUGAUCGGACAGAUGAGAGACGUGGUGGGAGCCGCCACUGCGGGGCAGACCUACUACCGCAGCUGCAUGGACAGCACGGUGAAGUACAUGAACUUCUACAAGAUCCCCAGGACUGUGCAGAACCGCGUCAAGACCUGGUACGAGUACACCUGGCACUCCCAAGGCAUGCUGGAUGAGUCAGAGCUGAUGGUGCAGCUUCCAGACAAGAUGCGGCUGGACCUUGCCAUUGAUGUGAACUACGACAUCGUCAGCAAAGUGGCGCUCUUCCAGGGCUGUGACCGACAGAUGAUCUUUGACAUGCUGAAGCGGCUGCGCUCUGUUGUCUACCUGCCCAACGACUACGUGUGCAAGAAGGGGGAGAUAGGCCGAGAGAUGUACAUCAUCCAGGCGGGGCAGGUGCAGGUGCUGGGUGGCCCUGACGGGAAGUCUGUGCUGGUGACGCUGAAAGCCGGCUCUGUGUUUGGAGAAAUAAGCCUGCUGGCCGUCGGGGGCGGGAACCGCCGCACCGCCAACGUGGUGGCCCACGGGUUCACCAACCUCUUCAUUCUGGACAAGAAGGACCUGAACGAGAUUUUGGUGCAUUACCCCGAGUCCCAGAAGUUACUCCGGAAGAAGGCCAGGCGCAUGCUGAGAAACAACAACAAGCCUAAGGAGAAGAGCGUGCUGAUCCUUCCCCCCCGGGCCGGCACCCCCAAGCUCUUCAAUGCUGCCCUGGCUGCAGCGGGGAAGAUGGCCAGGGGGGCGAAAGGCGGCAAGCUGGCCCACCUCAGGGCUCGACUCAAAGAACUGGCUGCGCAGGAGGCAGCUGCGAAACAGCAACAGCUGCUGGAACAGGCCAAGAGCUCGGAAGAUGCUGCAGGAGAGGCAGGCUCCACCGCCCCUGACCAGCCUGCGCCCCCAGAACCCUCAGCCCCAGAACCCUCAGCCCCAGCCUCUCAGCCACCUGCCUCCCCAGGGGAGGCCAAGAAGGAGGCAGCUGGUCCUGAGGAGCAUUCAGUGCGGAUCUGCAUAAGCCCCGGCCCGGACCCCGAGGAACAGAUCCUGUCAGUGGAGAUCCCAGAAGAAGAGAAGAAGGAGGGGGAGUGAGGUGCCCACUGCUUGUGCUCCCCCGGCAGCCAAGCAGCAGGACGCUGGUCCCCAGUGGUGGCCGCCGUGGCUCUCAGCCACCCUUCCUGCCCCGAUAUCAGCCUCUCCCGGGGCUGCUCUUGAAAUCAGCACGUUUCCCAGUGUCCCUAAGUUCCCACCCUCGCUUGAAAAUCCCACUUCCCUUGACUAUUAUUUUUAAGAACAACAUUUUUUUCUGGUUUGGAAGUUCAUAGACAGGGAAUAGAUAAGGCUCUAACACCAUGGGAUGCUUCGUUGGAGAGAUCAAGGCUUUGAAUGUUUGGGGUUUCCCUUCAGGAAUCUGUCCCUCACAUUUCAAGGACAGGAAGCGUCCAGCACAAAGGCGGGCAGUUGUACUGUCCUUUGGACCCGCCGGGAACCGGGAUCCUCUGAGCCCGAGUCGAUGCCGUCUUUGCCUGCAGCCAAGGAGGCUGGUUCGGGCGCUGAGGGCUUGUCCCCCCCAGACCAUGUUCAGCCCCAGCGAUGCCAUUAUCUCAGAGCAGAUAAAACAGAAAUGGGCCCGCUGGCCAGGGGCUGUGAGCAUUUCUGAGCACCCCCCUACCAGUCACCCCCUCUCCUCAGCAGGGAUUGACCUACCCCUCACUUUCGACACCCUUGCUGUCCGGGCAAUGGUGGCAGCUUGGAUGAAUCCUAGGAGAUGAAUCUCCCAGCUGAUACCCCUGAAAUUCCCCAAGUCUCUCCCGAUCACCACAUGCUGCUUUUAUGAUUCAGAAAAGGGGGAGGGGAGUGAUUCAGUCGAUGGAUUUUUUUAAAUCCUCCUCCGAAGAUACGAUUAUUGAUUUUAAAGAGAGAGGAAGGGAGAGAAAAACAUUGACGUUAGAGAGAGACACCGAUUGGCUGCCUUCCGCAUGUGCCCCAACCAGGGAUUGAACACACAGCAUUUCGUUGUGAGGGAUGGCACUCCAGCCAGCUGAGCCGCAGGGCGAGGACAAUGGGUAUUUAUUGAAAAGAUCAGAUUUGCAAACCGAAUGACUCUUGGGGGGGUGGGGACGGAAAAACACAAAGUGGUAUUGGGCCGUUUGUCUCUGCCGGGAAUGAUGAACACAAAGGGCCCGGUUUCUGGUAGGCAGUGCCCAUUUUGUGUAAAAUUACUGAACAUGGAGAACUGCUAACCGGGCCUUUGAGGGCUUGCAAAUUGUCUAUGUUUUUUCACCAACCUAAAAGCAGAACUUUCAUUUCCCCUGGGAAAAUAUUAAACAUGUUGGUGGGGGGUCUACACCUCCAGGUGCCAGGGCAACGAACGGACUCACCUAGUUGGUGACAUGUUGCUGGACCGGAGUGGAAAUCGCAUCGGAUAUAAUGAGGAGUGACAUCAUUUUACCCUUUAAAAAAAGCUUUUGUUAAUUUGUUUUAACGGCUAGUCACGUAUUUACAUGGGUGUGAAAGGGCACCCAGUAAACAAUUCUCCCUCUUACCCCUGGUGCCCAGCCUCCCUCAGUCUCCUUCCUGGAAACCACGACUAUUAUUAUGAGUUUCUUCCGCGUCCUCUCAGAGGUACUCAAAGCUUUCACAAGGAAUUGUGCAAAUUCAUCCUCGUUCCCUUCCUUUCCAACUCCCCCGCCCCUCACAAAUGGUAACACACUACAGCCACUGUUACUUUUCUCUUGAUUUAUCUGGGAGCAUCUUCCUUUUCAGUACGUACUAAAAAGUUGUGGUCACCACAACAGAGGGCUGGAUUCAGCCAAUAAAAACACAGGAAGCUGCAAUUUCAGAUAAGCGGUGAAUGGGUUUUUUUUCUUUUGAAACAUAAGUAUGUCCUGUUUACCACUUGGAGCAUAUUUAUGCUAAAGAUUAUUUGCUAUUUAUCCAAAAUUCACAUUAAACUGGGUGUCUUGUGUUUUUAUUGACAGCUCUCCAGGCUGCGGUGGGAGCCUCAUGGCUGACCUUGGCCCUGAGGCAUUUCCCAGCCUGGAAAGGUUUUUGAUGGGAGGCCUCACUCCCUCCUUUGCCAGAGCCAGUUCUGAUUGGUGCAGGAGGAGCGUGCUUGUUUUUUUGCACUCAGUCCGCUGCCUGGCAGUAAUGUAACAUCUAAUGGUCGGCCACUGACGUGCAUUUGCAACGUCUCCACUCCUACUCAGUUAAACAGACGUUGCAACAACAAAUCCCACACGGGGCGUCCUGUCACUGGGAAACGCUGUUUUUAAUGAGACAUCUGGAGGUUUGGGCUCAUUUUUUUUUUCUCUGCCAUCCCCGUCGAUCAUUCCCACAUUUGCACGACAUGUUCUAAGGCCCGAGUGCAGAGAAUGCUUCCAGCUUUAGCAAGUAUUCCAGAUGCAUCAAGUCAGAAGCCUGUUGCCCUUCAGCCGCUGGCCCAAUGUUUCCAAGUCAGGCACCCUCACUGUGAGACCCUAUUUUAUAAGAAAACUUUUUAUACAAAUGUACUUAUUCCUUUAGGUACCAACCCUUGAAUGUAUAUUGCUUAUUAUACAAAGCAUGGGAUGUUUGAGGUUCCCAAAGAUUGUCCUGGAAAGAAAAUUGAUUUUGAGACCAGAUUAACAGUGUCUUAAUUGCGCUGAGCUAUCUCAUUAAACUCGACAAUUUCACAGGACUUGGACACCAGAUAAAUUGAAUUUGAGGCUGGCAUUUGGCUCUAAAUGGAAUUGGAUGGGUUGACCGCCAAGACAGAAAUGGUAUUGCUCAGAGAUACUGUAAUUCUGCAGUGGAACAGGGGCUGUUCUGUGUGCAUUGAAUCUCUACUGAUUUAAAAUGUCUCAGCAUUUCCUGCACUUCAGUAGAAAAUGAAUAGCAAGCUAUUUUUUUAAAACUACAUAAACAUCUUAAGUAAAAUUGAAACCAAGAAGCUAUUUCAAAUUUCAUUAUCAGAAGUGUAUUCAGCUAAACCUGGAAUAUGCUCAUGUUUUCCUAGCAAACGUGAAGACUGCCUUUUACAUUCUGGCUCUCAUCCUGUUACAGUGCAUUUUAA